UUACUAUAACAAAAAUACACGGAAAGAGUCAAAAACUCAAAAAGAGUGUAUAACGGGGAAGAGAGAAAGUCUCGGCCAAAGAUGGGCGGAGGGCUAUGGACGGUGGCGGAGCUUUUACUUGGCGCCGCCAUACUACUCUUCAUCGCCAUUGCUUCGAUCAUCUUCUUUGAAGCUUAUGCACGUCGAUUUAACAAUGCUCAUGUUGAAGGUGAAGCAAUAUUUGAAGAUCCGAAUUCUCUCAAGCCGGUUCCAUGCCCUUCUGUAUUUGAUCCUGCAGAGAAAUAUAUAUCUUUGAUCAUUCCUGCAUUCAACGAGGAACACCGACUUCCAAGUGCACUUGAUGAAACCAUGAACUAUUUGCAACAGCGUGGAGAGAAGGAUAAAUCAUUUACUUUUGAGGUGGUGAUUGUGGAUGAUGGGAGUGUUGAUGGGACGAAAAGAGUCGCUUUUGACUUCGUCAAAAAGUACAAGGUGGAUAAUGUCAGGGUUCUUCUUCUUGGAAGAAACUAUGGCAAGGGAGAAGCUAUAAGAAAAGGAAUGCUUCAUUCACGUGGUGAAUUACUUCUUAUGCUGGAUGCAGAUGGAGCGACCAAGGUCAAUGAUUUGGAGAAACUUGAAACCCAGAUCCGUACAGUUGCUGGAAAGGAGUUAGAUUUGGCUGCUGUUACUGGUAAUUCAAGUUUGGAAAUACCUGAUGUUCCUGUUGUUGCAUUUGGUUCUCGCGCUCAUCUUGAGGAGAAGGCUCUUGCCGCGAGAAAAUGGUAUCGUAACUUUUUGAUGAAAGGAUUUCAUCUUGUUGUUCUCUUGGCUGCUGGUCCUGGGAUUCGUGAUACACAGUGUGGUUUUAAGAUGUUCACGAGGGCUGCUGCGCGGAAGCUUUUCAGUAAUGUCCGCUUGAAAAGGUGGUGUUUUGACGUAGAGCUUGUCUAUUUAUGCAAGUGGUUUGGGAUUCCAAUGGUUGAGAUAUCUGUGACUUGGUCCGAGAUUCCAGGAUCAAAAGUCAAUAUGUUGAGUAUACCCAACAUGCUUUGGGAGCUCGUGCUCAUGUCUGUCGGUUAUAAGACGGGUAUGUGGAGAAUGGCCAUCUAAGAUAAAUUUGGUGUACCAAACUUGUAUAAAAUCUCCUCGUCCAUGGCCGGACAGCCAGAAAGGCUCUUGCAUUUGCAGUUUUGCACAGCAUGAGUAGCUCGCACUGCCCAUUCCAUCAUUUGGCUUUUACUUACUACAAGCAGAGGGCUAUACACGAGGAUAUAGAGUUUGGUUGCCCUGUAGCUGCUUUUCUUUUUUGUAUAAGAAUUGAAUAUCAUAAUUCAUAGUGUCAAUUUUGGAGGGAUUUGUACGACUUGUAACUACCUUGGAAUAUCAUUUAACUUGGCGAGAGGUGGCAGGCUGGCUACAGUGGAUAGCUUGAUAUGCCAAGCUGAAAACUUCAUUUCUUGCCUUAUAGUCUUAUGUGAAAGUAUUGGGUCAGACCGUCUGACGUAUUGUUUAUUGUCAGACGGGUUGAGCCCAAUACAUCUUCUCUCUGCUUCA